UGUAUAUUCAAAUUUCACCUCGAAAGAAUAAUCGAAACAGUCUCCUGGAAGAAGUCAUGCACAAACGCGAGAGUCUGUUAAAGCCUCAACAGGAUGCGGAAAUAUUCGAAGUAUCCGCGUCUUUUAGUCUUGACGACUUUCUCAACUCUCCACGCUAUUCCAUCACACGACGUGCCUUCUUCGUCCUCUCGAAUGUUGCACACAUGCUUUGCAUUAUUGCUCUCUACCUCAGCUACCGCAACAAUCGGGCAUGCACUUGAAACCGGCAACCGGCGACUGGCCGAGGAGAUAUAGAACUAUUAUGGUCCAUCAGCGCUGCAACGCAAAAUUGAAGAGCCUCGCAUAAUAGCUAUUCACUUCAACUCGGCCAUUGUUUCGAAAUGGUACAGAGUGCACGGUUCGAAACUUGGCCGUUGGAAGGUCUUGAGGCAGCACAGAACCAGCGGUAGUACGCUCACUCUCAUGCUGGUAGUAUUUGAUGUAUCGGUAUCAGUGCAAGUCCAAACAGCGUACGCAC